AUGGAUGUCGUCAAGGGCUCUGGAUCGGACGGGAUUAAGAUCGCCUACUAUGAAGGCUACUGCCUAAGCAGACAGUGCCUGUUCCAGGACGCCUCGCAGAUCGAUACCUCGCAAUACACGCACCUCCACUUCGGCUUCGGCACGCUGACUAACUCGUGGGACGUCAAGACUGGCGAUGAGCUGUCCACCUACCAAUUCGGCGAGUUCAAGAAAAUCUUUGGCGUCAAGCGGAUCCUCUCGUUCGGUGGCUGGGACUUUUCGACCAUGCCUGGGACAUACCAGAUCUUCCGCAACGGUGUCAAAUCUACGAACAGGCUCACGAUGGCGACAAAGAUUGCCAACUUCGUAAAGGAAAAUGACGUCGAUGGUGUCGAUAUCGACUGGGAAUACCCCGGAGCGCCUGACCUCCCUGACUUCGACCCCGGUACAGAGGAAGACGGUCCCAACUACCUAGCCUUCCUUGUCGUUCUUAAGAACCUUUUGCCCGGAAAAUCCGUCUCCAUUGCCGCCCCUGCGUCCUACUGGUACUUGAAGCAGUUCCCCAUCAAGGACAUUGCUAAGGUCACCGACUACAUUGUCUACAUGACCUAUGAUCUCCACGGGCAGUGGGAUGCGCAUAACAGCAACUCCCAAGAAGGCUGUAACACAUACAACUGUCUGCGUAGCCAGGUCAACCUGACAGAGACAAGACAGUCAUUGGCAAUGAUCACCAAGGCAGGUGUCCCUGGCGAAAAGGUUAUUGUCGCUGGGUACCUUGCCGAUGCUGAAAUCGCCGAGAUCAUAAAGGAUUCCUGUCGAGUCGUCAAGAGCUAUGUCGACACAACCAGCAACGGCGACGUCCUUAUUUAUGAUAAAGAUGAGUGGGUCGGCUACAUGAGCGCCGCCUCCAAAAAGACGCGCACCUCCCUGUACGCUGCCUGGGGCUUGGGAGGCACCUCUGACUGGGCUAGCGACCUGCAAACGUACCACGAUGUCCCCAAGCCGGCGACAAGCUGGGCCAACUUUAUCCAACUUGCCAGAGCCGGAGAGGACCCCAAGACAGACCACACGCGGAACGGGAACUGGACUGACUUUGACUGCACAGACUCGUCAGUCGAAAGUACCACCCACUUUGGGGGUCAGCAGGGCUGCGGUGACUUGACCACUGGAAGCUGCAGCACCGUGGAGUGCGAAAAGGGUGCAGACAGUGACACCUCGGGCCCCGCGGCCCAGUUCAUCUGGAACUCGCUAGCGGAAAUCCAUGGAAUGUACAAGAGCUACUAUGACACCUUGUUCAAGGCUCUCACCGUUGUCAGCACGGCGCUCGACGAUAUGGAGAAUAAGUUUGCGCCUAUUCCGCCGGAGGAAGACGACACCUGGCUCUUGAUCCUUAUCGACAUGAUCACGCUUGGCGCCCUGGGAACUGCCGGCCCAUUUUUCAACACGGUUCUGAAGAAGCACGAUUGGUUUGCUGGGGAGACCGGCAGUGCCCUGGAUAACGCAAAGGAUACCGCUAUGACUCUUAUCGGACAAAGUACAACCAUCGCCAAGGACGCAUUGCCUGGAGGGGACGCGGCUAAAUGGACGCCGGAGAAACAGGAUUACGGAUCCGACGAGGCGAUUGAUGCUCUCUGGGAAGCCAUGUCCGAUGGAAAGCUUAUCGAGGGUAAGAAGGAAGGCGAGCUCCCCGCGACUGGAAAUGCCCAGAAUGAGCUGCUCGCCAAUAUCAAAAAGUGUAUUAUUAGCUUCGCCCUUCCCGCCCUGUGGCGCCAAUCUGGAUCGUACACCUUUAUCAUCGACGCAGGUCACGCUUGUAAUGAAGACAAGGAUCUCAGCGACUAUCUUGACGAGGACACGAUGGACGCCACGGGUGUCUGCGUGGACAACUGGCAGUACUACCUGGCGUAUCCGGACGGUGAUGCGACGAAAUGCACCUGCGAGCACGUCACCGAUGCCGGCCCCUGUCAGACAAUCUACAGAGACGACAAGUUCUCUGCGCCCAAGGGAAUUAAGUACAUCUCCAACGGGAAUAACUACAACGGCAUCACGAAGACCGAGCUGGUCAAGGGCUCCGUCCGCACCUGGCAGACCCGACCAACGAUGCCACUCUCUCCGACCUAA